UUUCAAUUUUCAGUACUCCGACCAGACCAUUUUCCUCAGACAGACCUCCAGAGUAGAUCACCACACCAGACCAAAACUCCACAACAGUCAACCAGAUCCGCCCAAGAUCAGACCACCAAAUCCGAGUACCACACCAGACCAUCCUCAGACCCGACAACCAUCAGACCAUCGGAUCAGACCGUCACCACCAUACCAGACCACCAGAUCAGAUCAUCGCAACAGACGACGAUCCUUGACUACUCAGUUUCAGAUCAGCACAGCACAACCAGUCUCUUGGAAUGGUACAGGUUAGGUGCAUUCCUUAUGGGUUGGGUCAAGGGGGGGUAUAUAGAGCUCUGGAUGAACCUUGCAAAGCAUACUUUCCACACACGUUCGGCCUAAAUUUUCCGGAUUUUCUUUCGGCUUUACUUAACUGUAGGUAGAUUAGUUAGCGGGGCUCCCUGGGCUGGUAAGGGCCUCCCCUGCCCUUUUUCAUAAGUUGGGUUCCUUUGCAGGUGUUCGGUCAACGAUAAGAUUUCGGCUUUUAGGAUUCGGCUUGGCUUCUAGGAAACGGUUCGGCUGCGUCUUUUUGCGCCUUUUUUGGAUGUACUUCGCCGCCACCGCCGCCGUUGUUGUUGUCUUUGUCGUCGUCUUCACAACAACCUCCCGCUUAGUUGCGCCAAAUAAAAUUGAUCUAUCACACUUCACUUGAUAGUCUAUGCGCUGGUCAAGUGAAGCUAUCACUCGUAAGGUUCACCCAGAAAAUUAUUAUUUUAAGACAUAACUUAGUAAACUAGAGACUUCAGAUCAUUCAGCUGCACCGAGAGGACCUCAUUUGGUCACCACUCACAAGCUUAAUGGUCUCUCUGGUUACAGGUAGAUAGUUAGUUUAGCCUCGCAAAUUCGGGUCUGCUGCUUUCAAAUUGACCUUUGAUGUUAUAAAGUACGAGUGUGAAGUGAAAUCUUUUGAUGCGCAUUUGCAGACUUCGAGCUUGUGAUGGUAGAUCAGUUGACAGGUUUAGUCGUACAACAAAGGUAAUCUGCGACCAGGUGUUUCUUCCCGCGAAGAGCCAACAUCUUGUAGCAAAUUAUCAGGAAAAAGUGGGACAAUCCACACACCAUAGACUAGAUCGCUUACAAAUCGUAAGCGUAGGAAGUCUUCGAGACCAAUCUACGACGCAGUUUCAUCGUUGGAGGAGCACAAACAAGCCGUAAUGCUUUUAGAAGAGUUAGUAGCCUGCGAAGUAAUCGCGAGAAUGCUGUUAGGCCGAAUAUUUCGGGGACACACUUGUGAAGGCCCACCAUACCUUUAUGUGCGUGUCCCUGAACGGCAUUCAGGUGAAAACAUCAAAGGUUAUAGAUAGUCUUUCAUCAGCAACACGGAAGUAGCAGGAGAGGAUACUCUGGCGUGACAUUGUUUACACUAAGACGAUCUGGUUUGUCUUUCUGUUAAUUUUGUCUCGCUGGAGGGUUUUCUUCUUAGGAAGUCCUGCAUUGCACUACGCAGGCACAGAUCGUCUACAAAUGGUAGGCGUAUGUAGUCUUCACGUCGACCGUUCGUGGAUAUUGGUUUAUUCGCCUUCCUGGAGCUCGAGUCAUCAGCAAUGUUUUACCUCCAACAGCUCUUGAAGCGCGUCAUAGCUACGAAACUGGAAUUGAAUCCUAUGAAGCACACUCUUGAGUGAUAUUUGCUUUGUACUCGUUGGAAAUGUGAAUAAAAUGGAUUUUAUUGACUUGUGUUGCAUUGAAUUGUAUUAGUGUAGUGCUACAUCACAGGAAGAGGCCGGCCGAAGAAAGAAGAACAAAGAACUUCAAGGGCCAUAGAAAGAUAGUCCAGAUACGUAUUAAGUAGGCGAGGUAGCUGCCUUUGCGGCGAUGAGUGGAGAAGGAGAAUCAUGUAGAACCAAACCGAAGAAAACGAUGAUGAUGAUGAUGACGAUGGUGAUGACGACAAUGAUACUGAUGAUCGUUUACACUAA